UAAUAUUCCACAAACUAUAAUCCAUUAAGAAAAAAAAAAAAGAGCUUUAACUUUUGGUAUUGGAAGCACAUCACACACAAAAACACAAAGUCUCUGUUUCACCUUUUAACCCAUUCAAGUAUCCCCUCCUUUAAUUUCAGUGCCCCUCAGGCUCUUACUUUUCCCAUUUAUCUAUCUAUCUCUCUUUCCUCCUCUGUUUCUUCGCCUUCUCUCAGCUUUUCAUCUUUAUCAGAAAGAGUUAAUGGAGCUGUGGACAGAAGCUAGAGCUCUAAAGGCAAGUCUAAGAGGAGAAGCUAUUAAGCAUCAGGUGAUUGUAUCGUCUGAGGAACUAAGCCGCACUUCUUCUGCUGAAGAUUUCUCCGUUGAAUAUUUCCUCGAUUUUUCAGAAGAAGUUCAAGAAGAAGAAGAACUCGUCUCUGUUACUUCUUCACAUGAAGAACAAGAUUCUUGUAUCUUUAGUUCACAGCCUAGUAUUUUUGAUCAACUUCCUUCUUUACCGGAUGAAGAUGUGGAAGAGCUUGAAUGGGUAUCUCGUGUUGUUGAUGAUAGUUCAUCACAAGAAGUCUCACUUCUCUUAACACAAACCCACAAAACCAAACCAAGCUUCUCAUCUCGAAUUCCGGUUAAACCAAGAACCAAACGGCCUCGGAACAGCAUAACCGGCGACCGGGUCUGGCCACUCGUUUCAACCAACCAACAUGCAGCAGGAGAGCAGCAGUGGAGGAAGAAGAAGAAACAAGAACCGGUCAUUGUGUUUCAAAGAAGAUGCAGCCAUUGUGGGACAAACACCACACCUCAGUGGAGAACCGGUCCGGACGGUCCAAAAACCUUAUGUAACGCAUGUGGAGUUCGGUUCAAGUCAGGUAGGCUAUGUCCGGAAUACAGACCGGCGGAUAGUCCAACGUUCUCCAAUGAGAUUCACUCAAAUCUUCAUAGGAAGGUUCUUGAAUUGAGAAAGAGUAAAGAGUUGGUUGAAGAGACAGGUGGAGGUAUUACUAAAUCAGACCAAGUCAAAUUUGGCAGCCAGGUGGUAGAGAAGACUUAGGUAAAAUGUAAACCUACUUUUUUUAGCAUUAUCUCUAGUGUUGUGUAAUUUAACAACUUGCUUCAUUACACUGGAAGUUGUUUUGGAAUUAGUCUAUAAAAAAAUGGGUUUCUCUAUAAAACACGAUUAUGUCAAAUUUUUAAUGAUGUGAGAGACCACCACCACUACUACUAAGAAUGAUUUUGGUCCAUGUAAGGUGUUAUAGACUUUUUGUAAGUAUGUGGCAAACUGUAAUAGCUAGUAUUUUAGUUAUAUUUUGCGUAUC